ACGAAAAAACAUUGUUUACUAAACUGGUCGUUUUCCCAAUGAUCAAAUGUGUGUUUUAUGUAAAUCUGGAAAUAACAUAUUUCAGGUGUUCCUAUUUUUUCCCUUACAUUUUAUAACACAAAAGAUUAGGAGAGUACUUAUUUCACUUCCAUCUCAGAGCAUUUCCCCCUCAGUCAGCCUCUCUCAGUGUCUCUUCUUGGGGUCAUUGCAGACUGUGGAGAUUCCUGCCAGCCCAAAGAGUUGGCUCAUCGGCCCCUUCCCUUUAUCCUGAGAGUGUCUUGUUCUGUCCUCGGAGAAAUUAUCUGAACAUCCGUGCUCAAGAGAGAAGUCUGAAUGAAUCUGACCGGCAGGUUGAGGGGCUAGUUCUCCGUGAAACGCUGAGGAAAUCCAAUGACUCAGCACAGAAAGGGGUCAUGGCAUUUGGCUUUACAAAUAAUGAUUAACAAAAAAAACACAACCCACAACCCAGAGCACUAAAUCAUUAACUAGACAGAGAAGGACAACUCAACAGAUAAACCAAUUGGCUUCCUUCAAAAGAGUCUUCAAGCUACAGUUUGAAGAAGACUUUCACAGUGUGUACUCUCACCACAGGAACAUGACUUUGCGGCUUUGCUGUGCCUGGAUUUUUAUCCUCCUCAUUCCCAGCCUCUCAGAUGGAGGGAAACUCCUGGUGGUGCCCAUGGAUGGAAGCCACUGGCUUAGCAUGAAGCCUGUGGUUGAAAAGCUCACCGAGAGAGGACAUGAAGUGGUGGUGGUUGCACCAGAAGUAAGCUGGCAGGUAGGAAAGACAGAGGCAUACACGGUGAAAACAUAUCCAGUGUCUUACACAGUAGAAGACCUGGAUAAUAACUUUCGUGACUACCUUGCUGUUCACCUGAAGGACUUGCCUUUUCCGCUGAACACUCUAGCGAUGUACAACAGCUCUGUGCAUGCUUUCCAUAUAUUCUUAGCUCAGUGCAAGGACCUUUUCAGGAACAAGGAGACUUUGCAGUACUUGAAUCAAAGCGGCUUCGAUGCUGUCCUAACCGACCCCAUCCUUAUGUGCGGAGCAACAAUUUCUAAGUAUCUUGCUCUUCCGUCUGUGUUCUUCAUGAGGGGAUUCCCUUGCAACUUACACUACGAAGCAGCGCAGUGCCCAAGCCCUCUGUCUUACGCUCCAAGACUAUUCACCUUCAACUCGGAUCGCAUGACUUUUUUCCAGAGAGUGGAAAAUGCACUGGUUUCCCUCCUGGAGCCUGUGUACUGUUACGGUUUCUACAAAGAAGCACUAGCGUUUUCCUCCGAAGUUCUUCAGAGAGAUGUAUCCCUGCUAGACAUGUUCAACUCUGCUUCCAUUUGGCUUCUGAGAUAUGACUUUGUGUUUGAGUACGUCAGACCAGUGAUGCCCAAUAUGGUCUUUAUUGGAGGUAUAAACUGUGCUGAGAAGAAACCACUGCCCAAGGAAUUUGAAGCUAUUGUGAAUGCCUCUGGAGAACAUGGCAUUGUUGUCUUCUCGCUGGGCUCCAUGGUCUCUGAGAUUCCUAUGAAGAAAGCUGAAGAAAUUGCAGAUGCCUUGGGCUCUGUCCCUCAGACGGUUUUGUGGAGAUACGUGGGAAAGUCGCCCCACAACCUGCCAAAGAACGUGAAGCUCGUCAAAUGGCUGCCACAGAAUGAUCUUCUAGCUCACCCUAAGACUCGUGCCUUUAUUACCCACGGAGGCUCACACGGUAUCUACGAGGGUAUAUGCAACGCAGUGCCAAUGGUACUAAUGCCGUUAUUUGGAGACCAGAUGGACAACGUCAAGCGAAUAGAGUCACGGGGAGCAGGACUGACACUGAAUAUACUUGAAAUGACUUCACAGGACAUAUCCACUGCCCUGAAAGCGGUUAUUAAUGAUAAGAAGUACAAAGAGAACAUCAAGCGCCUCUCUGAGCUUCACCUCGACAGACCCAUCCACCCGCUGGACCUGGCCGUGCACUGGGUGGAGUUCGUAAUGAAACACAAAGGGGCCCCACACCUGCGCCCCGCUGCUCACGACUUGAACUGGAUCCAGUACCACUCCCUGGACGUCAUCGCCUUCCUCCUGGCCGUGGUGCUCCUCUCCCUCUUCAUUUCUCUGAAGUGCUGCCUGUUCUGCUGCCGCAGGUGCUGCUCGAAGAAGGGAAGAGCAAGAAAGCCAACCAAAGCAAAGUCUCACUAGCAGAUGGAACCAGUGGUAGGGAAUAAGGACUCUGCUCCAGGCCAGAAGGAUCAGAGAACAUCUCAAAUUUCACUCAAAUAAUUGCUGACUUUCAUUCAGGAAAUAAAAACAUUCCUUUAAACUAGAA